AUGAAGCGCUGGACCUCUUUAUUAACAUUAGUUAUUUUCAUAAUAAUAUCCAUAAAUAUAUGUGUUAUACAAUCAACUCAAUGCUUUCGGUAUCAAAAUCCACGCAAGCGAAGCAUUGUUGUUGGAACAAAUUGUGAUGAUCCAAAACCUGUUGAUCGAAAUCUUGUAAAGAGAUUGUUCAGAAAACCUCAAAUAGAAGGUUCUAAAACAAGACAUGAUACACAAAUUCCAAGGCCAACAGGAUAUGCAAAACCUGUCACAUGUCAAUCAAAUGAUCCAACACUUUGUGGAAAAGUCGUCCAAGCAUUUUCAGAUGCAGGAAGCAUCUUAUCCUCAGUUUUAUACUUGAGAUCAUCAAUUUUUGUCAAUAUUAGUGCUUAUGAUUUUUGUGCAGACGACCCACUUUGCAAUGGAGACUAUGCAUAUGACCCAGGAUACGCCCAACCGACGUUAUUAUAUUUGUUAAAAGAUAAUGAUGGUGUAGAACGGCUCUAUCCCCAAUCCUUGGUCAAACAAUUCAACUUUUCUUCUAAUCCUGAAUAUAAAACUCCAGAUAUCUAUGGCGAAUUCAAUCUUGGUCUUAAUUAUUGGUUCAAAGAUGAUCCACCGAUUGAAUAUAAUCAAUAUGACUUUUUAGGUUUGGUUCUUCAUGAAAUGUGUCAUGGACUGGGUUUCCAAACUUCAUGGAGCACAUGGUCACUCGAUGAUUCUCCACAAUAUAUUACUCCUAUGUUGAUAACAGAAGAGGAUUAUGAAUUUUUAUGGGAAGAUCGUUAUGAUCCUAAUCAACAAGUUACUUGGAGAGGAUUUAGAGAAAAUAUAUUUGAUAAAUAUUUAGUAUUAACUGAUACAGGACAAUACGUUUCGAAUAAGACUGCGUCAUUGAAUGAAUUUUUUGAUGAAGGUGAUAUUAAGGGAAGCUAUUAUGAUUUUCAACAAAAGUUUAUGUCAUCACCACAAUAUGAUAUUGCCAAAGAGAUGAUGAAUAUAUCAACACAACCACUAACCCUUGGGUUAGUUAAUUGGAACUUAACUUCUCGCCAUAAUCCUAGUACACAGGGUCCAUUUAAUAUAAGUGAUUUGUUCGUGGUCGAUACGUCAUCAAAUGUGUUCGAUCCGUACAAUAGUAUAAAUCAUGUGGAUUAUACGAGAUAUACUAAUACUAGCGACUUCCUGAUGAGAUAUCAAUUACUUCCAGGAGAGUCACUAAAGCAGGACAUUAAACUUGGAGGUAGAUUCCCCAAUGGACAACUUACUGGUGCUAUUGGACCAAGGUUAAGAAGAUUCUUUGAAACAAUCGGAUAUGGAACAUAUAGCAGACCAAAUCAUACAUACUCACCGAACUUAUUAUUAGCCCCUGUUGUUAGUUCAGGAAUUUCAUUGGCCCCUUCUUCAGUUUUAGUCUUUCAUCAU